AUGUCUAAGACCCCGUCCACCACGUCUGCAGCCUCUGUAAUGUCUGCAGCCUCUGUAACCUCUGUAACCUCUGCAACCUCUACAGACAGCAAAGGUGGCAAAUCCCGGAAGACUUCGUCCUCGAGUUCGGAGUCGGCUCCCAAGAAGGUGUCUAAGAAAGAGCAGAAGAGGAAAGACAUGGAGAAGAUACACACCACCCUGCUCAGCAGCGUGUUUGGAGCGGAGAGGGAGUUGGCCCAAGCAGAGUUGGAUGAGCUGGACUUUGCCUUCAAGGAGUUUGACUACGACUGUGACGGCUACCUGAACUACAAGGACGUAGCUGAGUGCAUGAGGACCAUGGGCUACAUGCCCACUGAGAUGGAGCUGCUGGAGAUAGUGCAACAGAUCAAAAUGAGGAUGGGCGGUCUGAUGGACUUUGACGAUUUCUGUGAGCUGAUGGGUCCCAGGAUAAUGGGAGAGACAGCAGACAUGCUGGGGCUGAAAGAGCUCAGGUCUGCCUUCUCACAGUUUGACCAGGACUGUGAUGGGAAGAUCAGCCAGGAUGAGAUGAAGGAGGCGGUGAAGAGUCUACUGGGGGAGAAACUGAAGAAAGGAGAGCUGGAAGAGAUACUCAAAGAGAUAGACAUCAACGGAGACGGAAGCAUCGACUUUGAUGAGUUCGUCAUGAUUUUGUCCAUUCGGUAA